GAAAACUUACCCCACUCCCCCUAGUGAGAGGCGCUGAUUUGUCUUUCACAUAUUUUUCACCAGAAGUUUACGAAGUGAUCGAGACACAUCGCGACCCCGACUUGAGAAAAAGUGACACUUGGAAGACAGACUUUACCACAUCUUGAAAUCAUACAUUGGAGUUUAAUAACGGAACGGAUUUAUAAACUGAGCCCCUCAUCCUGGACGGGCUAAAAACUUUAAACCGAGCAAAAUGAACCGGAGCUUCAAUAAUAAAUCGCAAUCUUUGCGUAGCUUGAACAUGACUGCCGUGGAAGUGAAAAGCAAGUAUGGAGCAGAGUUCCGGAGGUUUUCCGUCGAUCGGCUAAAACCUGGCAAGUUUCAGGAAUUCUACAGUCUCAUCAUGACCAUCCACAAGAUCGCAAACAUGGAGGUGAUGAUCGGAUACGCUGACAUCCACGGAGACCUUCUCCCUAUCAAUAAUGACGAGAACUUCAGCAAGGCCGUGUCCACCGCACACCCCCUACUGCGAAUCUUUAUACAGAGACAAGAAGAGGUUGACUACAGCGACUUUGGCACCAGCACUCUGACCCGCAAAAAGAAGCCUGUGGUUACUCUUCGCAACGACCUGAACCGCAAGCGUCCUCACAUCCGCAUUGGCAUGCCUCAGGACUUCCGCCCUGUGUCAUCCAUUAUCGACGUGGACAUCCUUCCUGAAUCCCAUCGGAGAGUCCGGCUCUAUCGACACGGCUCGGACAAACCUCUUGGCUUCUACAUCCGUGACGGCACUAGCGUCCGUGUAACACCCCACGGCUUGGAAAAGGUCCCGGGUAUUUUCAUAUCCCGUAUGGUACCUGGAGGCCUGGCUGAGAGCACAGGGCUCCUGGCUGUCAACGAUGAGGUCCUGGAGGUCAACGGCAUCGAAGUGACCGGGAAAACGCUGGACCAGGUCACGGACAUGAUGAUCGCAAACAGUCAUAACCUUAUCGUGACCGUGAAGCCAGUAAACCAGCGCAACAACGUGGUGCGGAGCAGCCGAAUCUCGGGCAGCUCGGGUCAGUCGUCCGACAGCAGCGGUUCAGUGGGCUACCCUGCCAUGACCGUACCCACCGGUGCCACCGCCCUCAGUCACGGUUACGGCCCAGAAGAUCUGGAGAGCGACGAGGAGUCGGACAUUGUAAUCGAGAGCAACAUCAAGCGGCCAUCCCGACGCUCCAAUGCCUCGGUAGCAUCGACAGCAUCCCGGACCCACGCUCAAACAGCCACGCUGGCUCCGCCCAGUCCCCCUACACGGCCCCAAACGAGACCCCCGUCCACCGUGUCUACAGCUUCUUUCCACUCUCAGCAGAGCUAUAAUGGCACGCCGCAUAACAGUUUGAGUUAUAAGCUUCACAAGGACCUUAACCUCCAGCACCACCCCUACCACAUCAGCAACCCCACCAUGCGAGAUAGCAACGGCAGCCUACACAAAAUCCUCAGCAGCCUGAGGACAGACCCCCGUCACAGCCUGGCUUUACCCAAAGGGGGGGUGGAGGAGGAUGGCACGGUCAUCACUCUAUAAUACACACACCGUAAAAUCUGGCAUCCCAGAGACUUGACAUUUUUCAGCCUGGGACAUCAGACUCGACUUUGAACCUCACCGAACUUUAAGGGUUUUGUAAAAUGAAUAAUUUAACAGAAACGCUAUCUGGAAAUUUUACUCUUUUUAAAUGUUUGCUAUCAAUGUGUUAUGAUGUCAAAAACGCAUCCGGAUUAGUGGCGACCUUCUUUUUUCCACGCCACUUGUUUUAUGUCUUUAAGUUCUUGUUUAUUUGUUUAAUUUUAAUCAUGUUAUCUAAAUGUCUCGUGGGACCAUUAGGUUUAGUCCUGUGUGUGUGAUGUCAUAUUUUGUUUACAAUACUUAAACAGUACCCUGGUAUAUUCAUAAAUGCAAAAAUGAAUUAACACCUGAUCUUUUAGUUUGUCCUGCCUGAGCUGUAAGAUGGUGACUAUUAUGAAUUUCCUACAAUUAUUAUUUCUGCUGUAUAAUACAACAGAUUCCCUUAAAUAUCUACUAUUAAAUCCACAUUAUGGAAUAUUACUGAGAUUUUCAGAUCUUGGGAGAUCAUAAAAGAUGUCUUUAUCAUCUGCUGUAAUCAUAUAUGUAAUUAAAUGUUGACUUUUGGUAGGUUUAAGUCACCACAUAUAGGCAUUUGACACUUUGAUCUCUUCAUAAAGACCUCCGGUAUCCAGUGGAAUGCGAGGCAUGCGCUUUGCCCCGUUUGUAGGCCGCACACAUUUUUUCUGUCACCUCACUGUUAAUGAACCCCCACCUCUGACCUCUGAUGUCCACACAGCUAAACCCACUGAAGAUCUUUGCAGCUCUCUGGUAAUGCAGGCAUUGACCAUUUAUAUGCCCAGUCAAACCUAAUGUAUUAAAUGGGCAGUCUUAAGUCAUCCUCUUUGAAUUGGGAACAACUAUGUUUUAAAGUUUUGUUUUGUUUUAAAGAUGCUCAUUUUUUGUUUUCUCACAAAUCUGUGGAAUGCUUUUGUGUAUAAUUGAUACCACUGUGGACAUACCUUUGCUUUUAUGUUGACUGCAUUGUUAUUGGGUUGUCAAACAAUGACGUACCUAUAUCCAGCAUUUUUGUGCCUUAUUGCCCCUCUCUGUUUGGAUGUGACCACUGGAAAUCUAAUCUUUAUUACGUUUAAUGUAAGUAAAGCAAGGGAAUGGAGGAACACGUGCACGUUAGAGUCGCCAUCUGCUGGACGCUUUUUGAAACGCGUCUCUUUCUCUGUAAUCAAGUUUUGCUUUAUUGUAUUACAUUUUUGUGUUUAUUUGUACGUCUUUGUUUUAAAAUUGCAUACAUGUGAUAAAAAUUCCACCCAAAAUGAACCGGAUUACUAAAGCAAUAGGUACGACAGUGUUUUAUCGUGAGUCGUGAUAUGGCAUCAAGGACAUUUUCAGGGUCAAUUUUGUGUUUUGAUAAUGUCUCACGCUGUGUUCUUAUUUCAUGCCGACUGUAAAAUGUAUGCUUGGAUUUUUAUUUGGUAAGAUUAAAUCUAUCAUGUUCAGUGUGUGAAAAUCCUCUUGAGGGUUCAACAUAAGUUUUUAGCCCUUUCAAUACAAAAAUAAGUGGAACAUGUGAAUAUUGUCUAUAUGUUUUUUUUACACUGAUGUCAAACUUUUUAAGAAAAUAUAAUAAAAAUUUGAAAUGGA